AUUUGCCGUCUGACGGCAGAAGCAACACUAGUACCACAAGCAGCAGCAGCAACAGCAGCAGCAGCAGUAGCAGUAACAGCAGCAGCAACAACGGCUACAGCACCCGCAGCAGCGGCAGCAGCAUCAGCGGCAGCAGCAGCAGCAGCACUGGUGAUGAUAUAGCUGAUGUUCUGCUGCGGGCUGCAUGGAGGUUUGCUGCUGUUCUUAGUUCAAAGGAGGGCGCAGCAGCAGUAGAGUCUGCUGCUGCUGCUGCUGCUACAGCAGCAUCUGCUGCUGUACAGGCAGCAGCAUCAGCUGCUGGCCCUGCUGCUGCUGCUGUCCUAUCUGCGCUGCAGCAGGAGGGUGCUGCUGCUGCAGCAAAAGCAGCAGAAGCACUUGCUAAUGCAGCAGCAGCAGCAAACCAACCUACCCAAUGGGUUCAUAUGGACCUUGCCGAUGCAGCAGCAGCAGCAGCAGCAAAAGAAGCAGCAAGAGCUGCUUCUGCUGCUGCUGCUGCAGCAGUCCCCACCGAAUACAAUGGCGCUGCUGUAGUGCAGCGCCACUACCCUUAUGUGCCUCCAUCAAUAGCAGCAACAGCAGCAGCAGCAGCAGCAAGAUCUCCAUGGACGGCGGUAGAAGACCCGUCAUUAUCAGCAUCACCAGCACCACCAGCAGCAACACCAGCAACAACAGCAACAACAGAAGCAUCACCAGCAGCAGCACCAGCAGCAGCAACAGCAGCAGCAACAGCAGCAGCAACAGAGCCCUUGAAGGUAUCUUCCCUACCUACAAGCCGUGUGUCUCGCGUGCUGCACUUUGGCGGUUUGCUGCUGCGCUUAGGAGCAAGGAGAGCUAGGUUAUCCUUGCAGCAGGCGCUGCCAUUCAGAAGCAGCAGCAGCAGCAGCAGCGACAGCAGCAGCAGCAGCAACAGCAGCAGCGACAGUGCAGCGGCAACCGCAAUACCCACUGCUGCUGCCGAUGUUACUGCGGCUGAACGUCAUCUGCACCAGCUGUCUCCGGACGCGGCAGCAGCUGCCCACCUCUUGAAGCCCCUGCAACAGCAGCAGCAGCAACUGCAGCAGCAGCAGCAGCAGCAGCAGCAGCAGCCGCUUAUUUCUAUUGAUUCGGUCACUGCCCAAAUCCUCACAGAUAAAAUUUGCCGCAUGCGUGGCGCUGCUCUGAAGUGUUUGCAGAUGCUGAGCAUGGCGGACAAUUUGCUGCCACGGCCCCUCAUCGAUGCACUCGAGAGAACUCGAGACAACGCCGAUGCCAUGCCUCCUUGGGAGACUGAAAAGGUGCUGAGGAGGGAGUUGGGGAAGGAUUGGAGGAAGCAUUUCCGCGAGUUCAAUAUGCAGCCAUUUGCUGCUGCUAGCAUUGGCCAAGUCCCUCUGGCGGAGGCGGCGCGAACUGCUUCGCAAUCUAGCAGCUCAGAAGAUGCGAAUCCAUCGAAUUUUCUUUGGGACGAAAAAUCGCGACGUCUUUGGCUGUUGGAUUUUGGGGCUGGGCGAUCGUUUUCCGUCGAAUUUGUUGAUAAGUAUAAACGUCUUCUGCAAGCUGUUGUUGCAGAGAGGGGAGAGAGCGCAUCGUAUGCGUUGGACUUUGGAUCUUUCCCUCUGCUGCAGCAGCUGCAGCAGCAAAUGCAGCAAGUAGUCAGCAGCAGGAAGCAGCCUCCUCCCCCUGAGGUGUAUUCCCUCCAUCGUAAACUUGUUGGUUGCUUCCUAUUAAAUCAAAUGCUUAAGGCUAAAGUUAACGCACACCAAAUCUUUAGAGAGAUUUGCUGCGAAGUUGAACAAAAAAAUUUCAAUUUCUCCGAUGCCGUCAAAGCAGCAGAAGCAGCAGCAGCAGCAGCAGCAGCAGCAGCAGCAGCGCAGCAGAAGCAUUAG